AUGCGCCUGAUAGCCACUGCAGUGAAUGGCAAUGGAAGUCAGGUCAGUUUUCAGAUUUUGGAGAAAUUACAUUUAUCAUCAGCUGUCUCUCAUUAUGUGAUGAUAUCAAGUGCUGCCAUCUUAGCCUCUUUUACUAUUCUAGCUAACUUAUGUACAAUAGUUUUACUAUUACGUUAUCGACCCAUGCAGAAAUCUAUCUCAAACCUUUAUAUUCUGAGUUUGAGCUGCGCCGAUGUAGCCAUAGGACUUUUAAUUCUCGUCUUAGUUGUAGCAAAUCUAUUUUCACCCAGUUCAUUACCAACUUGGUUGUGUGAUUGCUGGCAGAUCGCAGACUUCGUUUUAUCAACUGUUAGUUUGAAUUCAAUCUGUGCCAUAGCCUUCGAUCGUGUUUGGAACUUGGAGAAGCCACUCAGAGUUUUCAAACGGAGUCGCCGAUUAGCUCGUCGGUUAAUUCUAUUAAUUUGGAUAGCUCCUGUAACAAUUUGGAUGCUUUAUUAUCAGUUUCUGACAGACCAUUCAUCGAAAUGGACUUUAUAUGGAAUGCCAGGAUGUACAUCAGAGUAUGAGCAUCCAUUGCUUGUUCCUAUAGUGGCCAUUCCGACCCUCUAUUUACCAGCUAUAGCAUUGGUAGGAAUGUUUAUAAGAAUUUCGGUUGUAGUGCAUGGCCAUCUGUCAUUUCUAAGAGAUCAUUCCAAUAAUCCUUUGGGACCAAAUUCGGGCAGAUGCUCUAAAGAAGGUACACCUUAUACUCGGACUCCUGAGCCAACAAAGAAGUUCUCGGACUCGAGUGUCACAUCAGGCUAUACGUCAAUGAAAUCUCCCAGGUCUCAGUCUCCUCGUUAUCAGAGAGUAGAAUUAACACCUUUGACAGAAGAAAAAAGCAGUGGUCGUGAGAGAAGUCAAUCAGAACAGUUACCUGGGCGUAUAGAUCAGUUUGAUAUUGACAGUUCCAACCAUUUGAGAGUUAAGAGCACAGCCUCGAAUCCCACGAGAAAAGAAUCAAUUCGUGCUAGACAGAUGCUUUUGAAUCAGCGAGGAGAUAAUCUGCUUGUACCAACAUCUCGAAUGCCAUUUCAACGAAGUUCGUUCCGGCGACUUUCGGUUUUGAGUAGGACAGGCUCCCGUCGAUUUUCGGUGAUUGCAAUUCCGAGCAACUUGGCAGAUCUUCUACAACGAGAAGGUGUUUCUCAGCAGGUCCGAGCUGCAAAAGCUGUGGCGUUGAUAUUAUUCUGUUUUUUGCUAUGUUGGUUACCAUUUUUACUACUAUGGCCAAUUAAGCUGUAUUGUAGAAGUUGUGUAAGCGAUAAUAUGUACUCAAUAGCCAUUUGGUUGAAUUACUUCUGCUCAACCCUAAACCCACUUCUAUACACUUUGUCCAGCCCUCGUGUCAGAAUUGUCUUAUCCACAUAUUCUUCACUCUUUUGCUUGGAUACCAGAAGGAAGAUGAAACAAAGUUAUUGCAAUAAGAGUGCCACCUUUGUAUGA